AUGAAUAAAGCCCAGAAACCAACUCAUCUAACAAUUAACUUUAAUGAUGAUGCUCAUGGCAAGGAUCACUCUCCAGCUCUCAGUCAAAAGAUCAAAGUGCCCCAAAGGGAAUACAGUUCACAGGAAGAUCCGUUGAGAAGAAUGGCAACUCCAAUUUUCGACAAGCACGAACAAGAGAACCGUAAAAAAGGUCCCUCAUCAGCGGCGACAGUUCUCGCCCUAUCCGGACUUUUUGUCGUCGGCACCACCCUUAUUCUCAGCGGGAUUAUCGUUUUGAUCGUGCAACAAGAACCUGUAUUCGUGGUUACCGGAUGCCUGUUCCUUGGAGUUGGUGUGGCGAUGCUUCUGGUUUGCGUCGCUCUCCAACGUAAAAAUCUCGUCAAGUUCGUGCUUGACAUCAAUCGAGACCUAUACUUCCUGAACAUGAGCAAAUCUUCAAUGUUCAAGACAAUGUUUGAAAUGAAUACCGAACUUCCACUGUCGCAUGCGGACUGA